AUGGCGGACAGUUGCUUGGGACCCUCGUCAUCAAAACCCACGACUCUUUUCUCUCAAUUGUCAAUCCACACUUCUUGGACUUGCCCUUCAUUCUCUCUCUCCUUACCUUCACCCUGCAAUUUCUCCUUCACCGCCAAAAAACCUUUCUUUUUCUCUUCUUCUUCUUCAUCUUUUUUAAUGUCUUCUAUACCAAAUGGACCAAGUAAUUCGACCCGUUUCAUCGCUCAAAACACCCACUGCUCGUCAGGUUCUUCGUCUCCCCAUAAUAAUCAGCCGUCCCUUCUCGUCUUUUCAGGUGGAACGGCCUUUAAUGGAGUUGUAGAAGAGCUUAAGAAAUUAACUACUGGUGUUGCCCAUGUUCUUCCCGUCUCUGAUGAUGGAGGAAGUACUGCUGAGAUUGUUCGUGUUCUUGGUGGUCCAGCAGUUGGAGACAUUCGAUCAAGGUGUCUGAGAUUGUCAGAUCAAAGCACUUCUGAGGCUCUUGCAGUCCGAACAUUGCUCGGUUAUCGCUUACCUCUUGAAGCACAAGUAGCUAAAUCAGAAUGGUAUGAUAUUGUGGAGGGGCAGCACCCUCUUUGGAAAGGUGUUUCAAAACCAUACAGGGAGACUAUUCGAGCUUUCUUGGUGUAUUUUCAAGAUCAGAUCCUUCGUCAUGCAGAUGAACUAUUUUCAUUUAGUAAUGGAAGCAUUGGGAACUUCUUCUUUGCAGGAGCACGCAUAUUCUUUCGAUCGCUAGAUGCUGCUAUUUUUUUGUUUUCACGUGUUUCAGAUAUUCCCACAGAUAGUCUGGUCCUCCCAGUGAUAUCUACCAAUGACAGGCUUACAUUGGGUUGUGAAUUAUGGGAUGGAACUAUUAUUCGUGGGCAAAAUGAGAUAUCUCAUCCAAGUAAGGGUUCUGUGCAGACCAUAGAUAAGGGAAGCUCUUCUGCUUCGGCUCUUCCAGCAAGAAUAAAACGAAUGUUCUAUAUGUCAAGCGAAGGCUGCAAUUUGUUGCAUGAGGUCUUCCCAAGUGUAAAUCCAACUGUCUUUGAAAAGUUACAGAGUGUUGACUGCAUUGUAUUUGCCAUGGGAUCCCUCUUCACUUCUAUUUGCCCCUCCUUGGUCUUACGUGGAAUUGGGGAAAUUAUCUCAUCGAGGUGGUGUCCAAAGGUACUUCUGUUAAACGGUACUCCUGAUCGGGAAACUAGUGGCUUUACUGCUUCUUGCUUUGUCACAGCAAUUACCGAUGCCCUAAAUCGAACUUACGGUGACCCGGAAAAUUGUCUUAAGAAUACUCCAAACCAAUACAUAAACACAAUUUUGGUUCCCAAGGAUGGUCAAAUUCCUGUUGAUGUUGAAGUCUUGACCGCCCAACGGAUAUUCCAUGUGGUAUGUUUAUGGCAUUAUGCUUUCUUUCUAGCUGAAGUAAGAUAAAUUUUGCUGUCUACAGACACGUCAUAAGGAUAAUCUUGAAUUUGAAGUUUGUGAGUGAUGAAUCUGUCUCAUCACUUGCACUUGGUGAUUAUGCCUCGGCAACACAACAAGCUAAGCAGACAUCUGCUAGCAGAAUCUUUGAUCGAAGCGCUUUCUAACCUCUUACAUGCACCCAUUCAUGUAAAAUGAGUCAAGACUUGAUCAUUCUUUGUUAGCAAUGACAAAUGGGAGCCAAAUGGUGGAGACUUUUUUCUGUUUAUGAUCUUCAUACUUUGGGGUUUUUCUCUUCAAGCCGUUAAUUGAAGGCAAGAUGUUCAGAUUACAUCCAAGAUUGGGAAAGGAACGUUGCUAGUCAUACCAUCUAUCUCCAGCAGGAAGGAGGAGGAAGCGAUGCAUCCCAUCUUCUAUGUACAUGUAACAGAAGUAGCAGAUACUCCAUUUUAUGCUGUUGUAGUUUCUGUAUAGUUCGUUAACGAGCACUAAUGGGCUUUUUCAUCUCUCCUCUCAUUAUGUAUGUUUGCUUGUCCAGAGAGUAGAGGCGUUUUAUCGCAUGUUAUGUCAUAUCUGGAACAUAUCUGCAAGAAAUUGCAGAGUUUCAUCAGCGUCAUCAUGCCAUAAACCGAAAUAUGUGAAUCAACAGAACCUAAUCUGCUUUUGGCAGAAGAUACAAAGCAAAAAUAUACUUUGUACUCUGCAAGCGCAAUCCAGAUAAAUAGGUAAUGCCUGCAUUCUGUUUGA